GAGAGAGAGAGCCGUGGAGCGCGCGCGUGCUUCUCCGCUGAAUUCAUCUCUAUCUCUCUAUCUAUCUUUCUAUCUCUCUCUCUUUUUGUCUAUUUGUGUUCGUCCUCCUGAGAGUGUUCAGUCCACCAAUCUAUCUCUAUAUAUAUAUAUCUCUCUAUCCCUCUCUCUUUUUCUCUCUGUUCUAACGCGCAACUCUGUGGAGAAGCCGGACUAACGUUACAUCUAACCCGGGUUAUUCUGCCUCAUCCGCUCGCGCUGCAUCCCUCUCUCUCGCGCUGGGAACUGGAUUUCGGGGCUGUUCGCGGGGCGCGUGGAUGAAAGCGUGCACCGGCGCGAGACGCGGAGAUGGAGUUGCUCGUGAUCAGCCUCUCCUUGUGGCUCCUGCAGGGGCACGCGGCGCGGGCGGACUCCAUCAUCCACAUCGGUGCUAUUUUUGAACAAAACGCAAUCCGGGAUGAUGAAGUGUUCCAGCUGGCCAUUUCGGACCUGAGCUUGAACGACGACAUCCUGCAAAGCGAGCGGAUCACCCAUUCUAUCAAACUGAUCGAACCCAACAACCCCUUCCAGGCAGUGCAAGAAGCCUGUGAGCUAAUGAACCAGGGAAUCCUGGCCUUGGUGUCAUCCACCGGCUGCGCAGCUGCUAGCGCUCUGCAGUCUCUGACAGAUGCCAUGCACAUCCCGCACCUCUUUAUCCAGCGCAACGGAGAUGGCACGCCCCGAGCUGAGUGUCAGCUUAACCCCUGCCCCGACGGAGAGAGGUACACGCUCGCCGCCCGGCCGCCGGUACGGCUCGACGACGUCAUGAUAACGCUAGUCUCUGAACUGCGGUGGCACAAGUUCAUCAUGUUCUACGACAGCGAGUACGAUGUACGAGGUCUGAGGGGAUUUCUGGACCAGGCGUCUCGCUUGGGUUUGGACGUGUCUCUGCAGCAGGUGGAUCGUAACGUCACUAAGGUGUUCUCCACUCUGUUCAGCACCAUGAAGACGGACGAGCUGAACCGCUAUCGGGAUACUCUGAGACGAGCCAUCCUGCUGCUCAACCCUCGCUCCGCCCAGGUCUUCAUCCACCAGGCUGUGGAGACGAACCUCGCAUCCAAAGACAGUCACUGGGUGUACGCGAAUGAGGAGGUGAGCGAUACCGAGAUCAUGGAGCUGGUCCACAGUGCUCUCGGCCGCAUGACCGUGAUCAGGCAGAUUUUUCCUCUGUGGAGAGAUACGAACAUCCGCUGCAUGAGGAACAACCACCGCAUCUCCUCGCUGCUCUGCGACCCCCAGGAGGGAUACCUGCAGUCCCUGGAGGUUUCCAGUCUGUACCUGUACGACAGCGUGCUGAUGCUGGCUAACGCCUUCUACCGGAAGCUGGAAGACAGGAAGUGGCACAGCAUGGCCAGCCUGAACUGCAUGAGGAAGUCAACCAAACCAUGGAAUGGGGGCUGGUCCAUGCUGGACACCAUCCAGAAGGGACGGAUCUCGGGUCUGACAGGUCUGAUGGAUUUCCGAAGCAACGGAGCCAACUCCCAUGCACAGUUUGAGAUAUUGGGAACCACUUAUAGCGAGACGUUCGGGAAGGACGUCAAGCGGCUGGCAACCUGGGACUCUAUCCGCGGCAUGAAUGGCAGUCUAAAGGAGAAUCGAGUGGAGAGCGGCAUGCAAGGAGUGACUGUGAAAGUCGUCACAUUACUGGAGGAGCCGUUCGUGAUGGUGGCGGAGAAUAUUCUGGGUCAGCCGAAGCGCUACAAGGGUUUCUCCAUCGAUGUUCUGGAUGCUCUGGCCAAAAUACUGGGCUUCAAAUAUGAGAUCUACCAGGUGGCUGAUGGAAAGUAUGGCUCCCAGCAACCUAACGGCUCCUGGAACGGCAUGAUUGGUGAACUCAUCAAAAAGAGGGCAGAUCUGGCUAUUUCAGCCAUCACCAUAACGCCGGAGCGUGAGAACGUGGUGGACUUCAGUAAACGUUAUCUGGAUUACUCUGUGGGAAUCCUGAUGAGCAAAUCUGUGGAGAAACUCAACAUCUUCUCACUGCUAGCACCCUUUGAUCUGGCGGUAUGGGCGUGUAUCGCUGCUGCCAUCCCUGUGGUUGGAGUUAUGAUCUUUCUGCUGCGCCGGAUCCAGUCCGUCCGCUCCCAGAACACCCCUGGGCCCCACCAGCCUGCGUCUGUUACCACCUCCUUCCAGAGUGCCAUCUGGAUCGUCUACGGAGCUUUUGUUCAACAAGGGGGUGAGUCCAUCAUGAGCUCUGUGGCACUGAGGAUAGCCAUGGGCAGCUGGUGGCUCUUCACGCUCAUUGUGUGCUCAUCAUACACAGCUAACCUGGCAGCUUAUCUCACAGUGUCCCGCAUGGACAACGCAGUACGAACAUUCCAGGACCUGUCCAAGCAAGCAGACCUGAGCUACGGCACUGUUAAAGAGUCAGCGGUCUAUGAGUACUUCAAAGUGAAGGGAACCAAUCCCCUGGAGCAGGACAGUACCUAUGCAGAGCUGUGGAGGACAAUCAAUAAGAACCAGGGGCAGGACAACUCAGUGAGCACUCCAGCUGACGGCAUCCGGAAGGCUAAGCGGGAGUCGUAUGCGUUCCUGUGGGACAUGGCAGUGGUGGAAUACGCUGCGCUGACGGAUGAUGACUGCACCCUCACAGUGACGGGGAACAGCAUGAGCACCAAAGGCUACGGCUUGGCUCUGCAGCACGGCAGCCCCUACAGAGACCUCUUCUCCCAGAAGAUUCUGGAGCUACAGGAGAAGGGGGACCUGGACAUCCUGAAGCAGAAGUGGUGGCCACGCAAAGGGCGCUGCGACUUGGACAGAGGCACCGAGGCGCAGACGGAGGGGCGGGCGCUGAGGCUGCACAGUUUCGCUGGGGUUUUCUGCAUCCUGGCGGCCGGGUUGCUGCUGGCCUGCCUGGUAGCCGCUCUGGAGAUGUGGUGGAACGGCCCACGCUGUCGGCGGGCGCAGCCUAAAGAGGACAAAGAGGUGAAUCUGGAGCAGGUUCACCAGCGUCUGACUGGGCUGAUUGAUGACGAUCUGGCGCACAAGCAGCUUCCCGGUCAGUCUCUGGAGAUCUCGGCGCUGGACAUGGGCAGUAUGGGCAGUCUGGCCGGCAUGCGGCAGCGGCAGGGCUCGCAGGAGGCCGUCAGAGACUUUCCUCCGGGGGGCAUGUCCGUCACCUCCUUCCUGCAGGAAGGUCCCAGAAUGGGGCGCCUGCCCGGACGCAACCUGCCCCUCCCCCUCAGCAGCUCCACCCUGCCGCCCUCCAUGCGCUGCAAGCACCGGGCCCCCAACGGAGGCCUUUUCCGCCAGAGUCCAGUAAAGACGCCCAUGCCUAUCGCCUACCAAGCAGUGCCCGGAGGAGGCCUCCCCGAGACCAUUGACUCGAGCCACGGGACCUCCAUCUGAGCCGGCCGGUCGUCACGUUCACCUUUUGAGAAAAAAACAAAAAAAAAAAACAGAAGCUGUAACUUUGCAGAAACUUUACCUGCCAGUCAAAACUAUCCAGCCACAGACAGUGGAGACACCUGGCACAGGCCGAGAGACGGCGUAAAGACCAGAACAGAAAACGUGUAAAAAAAAAAAAAAAAGAACAAGUAUUUUCCUUUUCCUUUCUUUUUUUCUUUGUAAUACAGAUGAAAACACAAGGCUGGUAGGACAGAGAUGCUGACUUUCCUAAACUGUGCAUAUUUGUAAAUAACGAGACACUGCGGUGAAGUCAAAGUGUAUUUUGAAUAUCCUUGAUUUUUUUUUUUUUUGAAAGUUCAGUUGAAAGACUUUAUUAAAACAAAACACAAAUAUAUAUACAGACUGUUUGAAUGGCUUUGUAAAUUUGGUUCUAAACGAAUAAAAAAAAGAAUUCCUCGUGGUUGUUUUCUAAGUGCCAAGCUCAAAGAUUUUUUCCCUUUGAAGUAAAAGUGUCAUGAAUGUACUAGAAAAUAUUCAGAAAAAAAAACUAUUUCUACACUUACACAAAACUGUGGACUAUUUGAUUUUUUUUCUCAAAUAAAAACAAAUAUUGAAAAAAUAGUGAA